UCUUACAUGCAAACCCUAAAAACGUCCUCCAUUUGGCAAUAUUUGUUCUGAUAUUUUCUGCAGUUUUUUGGUUCUUUAUAGAUCACAACGAAGUGCCUCUACUGGUGUUAUACUUAUGUUAUCCUGCUCGUGAAGUCUAAAGCAACACCAGAAAGACUUCAUUUUCCCCCAAAACACUGGUGACAUAUUCAGCUCAUCUUGACAUGGCAGGCCAGAGGAAUAACUUUGGGAAGAGAAUGCAAUCGGAAUCUGACUAUACUAGGAAUGACGGAAGUAAGAGAAGGAAUCCAACUGAUGAAAAAGAAUCAAAUUCCAUUGGACCAGAGGAUACUGUAUUCCGUUAUUUGUGCCCCACAGGAAAAAUUGGAAGUAUCAUUGGAGUUGGUGGGGACAUUGCAAAACAAUUGAGGACUGAAACUAAUUCAAAGAUUAGGAUUAGUGAGACUAUACCUGGAUGUGAGGAGCGUGUGGUAACUAUUUAUAGCUUGAGUGAAGAAACUAAUGUCUAUGAAGAUACUGGUGACCUGAUUUCACCUGCUCAAGAUGCUCUAUUGAAGGUGCAUGACCGAGUCUUUGCUGAAGAACUGCGUAUGGAAGAAGACCUAGAUGAUCCUCAGCAGAUUACAAUAAGAAUGCUUGUCCCAUCAGAUCAAAUAGGUUGUGUGAUAGGGAAAGGUGGACAAGUAAUCCAGAAUAUGCGCAGUGAAACAGGCGCACAAAUUCGGGUCUUAAGCAGUGAGCACUUGCCACCUUGUGCCUUAAGCUCCGAUGAACUUAUCCAGAUAACUGGAGAAGGUGCAGUUGUUAAAAAAGCACUUUAUCAAGUAGCAGCGCGUCUCCGUGAUAAUCCAUCACGGUCCCAACAUCAAUUGCUGUCGUCGCCCAGCAUAUAUAGGUCUGGUGCUGGACUUGUUAAUCCUCAUGCGGGUCCCCAAGUCAUGGGCAUGACAUCAUUGAUGGGUCCUUAUGGGAGUUACAAAAGUGAUGGUAGAAGUCGAUCUGCUUCUGUAAAAGAGUUUGCAGUUCGUUUGGUUUGUCCAACUGAAAAUAUAGGAGCUGUAAUUGGCAAAGGUGGAAGCAUUAUCAAACAGCUAAGACAGGAAUCAGGUGCAUCUAUUAAAGUCGAUAGUGCUGCAGCUGAAGGAGAUGAUUGCAUUAUAUUUGUAUCAGCUAAGGAGGCAUAUGAAGAUCAAUCCCCAACCAUUGACGCAACAAUGCGCUUGCAACCAAGAAGUAGUGAGAAAACUGAAAAAGAUUCUGGUGAUGCUAUUCUGACGACUCGCCUGCUUGUACCUAGCUCACGAGUUGGAUGCCUAAUUGGUAAAGGUGGUUCCAUUGUCAAUGAGAUGCGAAAUACCACAAGGGCGAGCAUCCGCAUUCUUUCAAAGGAAAAUCUUCCUAAAGUGGCAUCUGAAGAUGACGAGAUGGUGCAGAUAACUGGAGAUGUUAAUGUUGCUGCCAAUGCGUUAUUACAAGUACUUAUGCGGUUGAGGGCCAAUAUAUUUGAGAUGGAGGGAAGUUUUGCUGCAUUUUCUCCUCCUGUUUCUUACCUCCCCUUGUCUCCAAGCAUGUCAGAUGGUUCAAGAUAUGCAAACCGUGAUAAUAAAUCACGUCGGCAUGGUUAUUCAUCAUAUUCUGGUGGACAUGAUUAUAAUGAUUCGUCUCCAAGUGAUAGUUAUGGCGGUUCACAGGUUGGUGGUGGAGGUGGUUAUGCACCAUAUGGCGUUUAUUCCUCUGGGCGAUCUAGUAGUGCAGGGGUUUCCAACCAUAACUCUUCUGCCUAUGGUAAAUCUUAUGGAUACUAGGUUGAGCACAUGGAGCUUUUCAAUUAUUGAACCAAAGUUCAAGAAAGUCAGGUUUCCGCAUUUCAGGAGGUAAAAUGUAAUCAGUCAUCUCAUACUUAUGAAUCCCUUGUCUGCUUUUGCUUGUAGUAAUCUCGCGUAGUUUGGCAUGAUUCCCACUGUUGGGUUCAAUCCUUGUGAAUGAAGCCCUUAUUAGUUGCUUACACGUAUCUAAGAGCUUUUAAGAGAUCAAUCUAUAGGUAAUUAUGCUCAAAAUUCAUGUUCAACUUUGCAUGUUAUAAUAUGUUCUGAGAAGGCAGAUUUCUAUCGAAGCUGUGUUAAUUUUCUUAUCUUGCUUCUCCAGGGUAAAAAGGUACUUUUUAUUCCUUUUCAGGUUGGUGAGUAGGCGUGAAUAUGCUUUCAGACAUGUAUGUGAUAAGUGUGUGUGUCUUUAUCUUGUUAAUAUUUUUGCUCCUUUGGCCUGAAGGAAAUGAUGAUGUUCAUCACAAUUUCAUGUCUGAUUAUUUUGUGUAAUUUAUUCUGCAGGAUCGAUAGAUAAUUUAGUUCUCAUGCUAAAUUCCUAUAAGGUAAGUAAUUUUCUCUCUUGCAAUUGCUAAUUUUUUCAUUGAUCUGGAAACUAGAGAGAGCAAGAAUUCAACGUGAGACAGAUUUUAAGAUUUUUGGUAGAAAACAUACACAUACAAAUGUCAAAUAUUUGAGGAGAAAAGAAGCCGGUGGUAUCGUGCUUAGCCAGUUAACGCCACCUUAUACUAGCAAGAGAGGCGUCUUAGCCCAUUACAACAAAGGGAUAUUUCUUUUGAUGAAAGAACAGGACAUUUUGAUUAGACCAGUGUAAGUUAUGAUAUGGAACCAUAUCGCAUGUAUUACCAACUAUUUCUUUUUGCCUUUUUAGGGCUUUAUAUGAAGCUCAUAUCUGGGUUGUGGUGGCUUUACAGCUAUUAGAAUAACUGGGAUUUCAUGUCUAAAGUGUAUUCUUUCAUUAGCUAUUAUUUAUUCUCUGGGAGCAUGGAUUGUGUGUGGCGAAAAACGGGGUUUGUUGUAUGAUAUGGAUUUAUUUGUUGCCU